AUCCGCACAGAAAGAAAAAUUGCCAACUAGAAAAUUCAUCGCUCCCGAGACGACCGACUCCGGUGAGGCCAGCGGCACCUCGGUGCAUUGGAUGGAUGGCGUCGGGCCCUCGGUUUACCGGCUGAGCCAUCUGUGGGUACCCGCGCUUGCUUGGCGGCAGAAAAGUUUUCAGUUCUAUUCGCGCUUUCGUAACGAUGAGGUCGUACUUUCUUCGAACCAUCAGUGGAAAUUGUCGGUGCCUCGUGAUGGAAAAUCGUUUAUAGUGACUGCCUUCGGAAGGGGGUGCGCGAGUGAUCCAGUAUUAUUGCUAGUGCAGAUCAAGUUUCAUUACCACAAGGGUCAAUUAUUACUUCCAUUAGUGAUUAUAAAACGCUUUAAUUACCUAUAACGCGAAAUGAGUUCAAUGGUGCGACUGUUACUAAUUCUAUCACUGCUAACAGAGACGUGGUGCCUAUUUUCCUCCGGCGGUGUUUUCGACCUCAACUUCUUCAGAUGCAUGUGGAAAAAAGACUACGACUGUCCACAUGAGGAUAUUCGAUUUUUCCUAUACACACCCACCUGUAAACGCGGCAGAAUCGUAGACAUGACUCGGCCAAAGACAUUUUUCAAAGCUGGCUUCAGACCCCAUCGCGAGACGGCGAUAAUCAUCCACGGUUUCAACGGGACACAAACGAGCCGGCAUAUUAUGUUUUUGAAGGAUGCGUACCUUUCGCGCAAGUACAACGUCUUCGCCGUGGAUUGGGAGCGGAUUUCUCAGUACCCAUGCUAUCUCUCGUCACUGUCCAACACGAAGCUAGUCUCACAAUGUACGGCCCAGCUGUACUCUUUCAUUACCUUUACCGGGAGCCUCAGCAAGCAGAUCACGUGCGUAGGCCAUUCACUUGGCGCUCAUAUUUGCGGCAUGAUGUCCCAUCAUUUAACCAAACGACAGUACAAAAUCAUAGGUUUAGAUCCAGCCCGACCGUUGAUCGAGAAGCAUGCCUCGAAUCGGUUCCGGCUGACAAAAGACGACGCCAAAGUGGUGCAGAUUAUCCACACUAACGCGGGCUUCUUGGGACAAAGCUCGUUUACCGGAACGAUCGAUUUCUGCAUCAACGGUGGCCAGACGCAACCGUACUGCUCGGGCGAUUCCAUUAGUAAGUUUGAGCGAGCUCGUUGCAGUCAUUUCCUUAGCGUUUGCUAUCUUGCCAAUGCAGUAUUAUCCGGUACAUCCACGGUGGCGUUUCCGUGCCCCACCGGAUGCGUGCGGAACAAUCGGAUACCAUUUGCACCCUUACGGUACUCCAGUCGAAUACGAGGUAGGAUGAAAUAUUAUCACAUCGGACAGGACACACCGGAUGAAGCUACCGGUGGAUAUUGUGUUCACAUGGAUCAGGCAAUGAAUUGCCCAUACAACUGAAACUGUCGAAAUAGGUUGUGUUACCAGAUUGUACAUACGAAUGUAAAAAUGUGAUAUACAUUUAUUUAAGACAUGAGGUAGAAAAUAAAUAA